CGAAUAAUAGUACUCAGCAUUAUUGUAUAUAACCAUAUAUGCAUAUUUUGAAAUAAUGAAUUAACGUGAAUAGUGAAGCUAAAUAAGUUUAAUCAAUUUCGGCCGACAUGUAUUCAGCCCUUUAUGCGAUUGCGCGCUGCGCAGGAAGUCGUGCUUAAAGUAGAUCUCUACUACACUCUACUACGGUUGUUCGCUACGUCGAUGCACUAUCCAUAUGAUGUUGAAUCAGCGAGAAUGCGCAGAAUCAAGCAAAUCGUCACACAGCUCUUCUAGUCCAAAAUGGCGCUAUGUUUACGUCUCUGUAUAAUCGUGUAUUAUCUCUAGCAAGUCUCAUGGAGAGCUUUGGUGAUUUAAUAUACUGGGAAAGAUAAUUGGACCUAACAUUUAGCUACAGCGGUGAUCUACGACAAACCGGACAUUCGGUAAUGACAAUUUAAGCAGAUCUGUGGCUAUAAAGUUCACCAGCAGCAGCAGGAACUGGAAGGAUGCAGGCUGAGGCCACAGACUCUUCACUGAGAGAGGGCAUAGAGGCUCUGGGUGUGAAGGACACAGAGAGACCUGCAGCAGGCAAACAGGAACAGGACAACACAGAGCAACAGGACACGGAGAUGACAGCUGCCACAGAUGAGGAUACAACAACCAAGGAUGUAAAGGAUGGAGACACAUAUGCAGUGGAAGAAGAAGCCAACAAGGAUGAACCUCAGGCUGACACAGGGCUGGAUGGUGAAGAGGGAAAGCAGGCUGCAGGAGUGGACGGUGAAUGGGAGCUUCCGUACAGUGACGAGGAAAUGGAGGACCCCAAAAACUGGAUGCCCCCUCCUGCUGAGAUCAAAAGACUCUAUGAGCUCCUCUCUAAAGGGGAGAUGCUGGAAUUGAACUUUGUGCCUCUUCCUAGGAGGCCCCCUACACCUGAACGCACCCCGUCACCUGAAAGAGAUGACGAGGACGAGGCAGCAAAGGAAAGGGAGAGGGACGAGAGAGAACGCAGGCCUCCAACUCCAACUGAGUUUGACUUUGAUGAAGAGCAAACACAAGCCACUCCGAAAAAUGCCUUUGUGAACAGACGCAGAACACCAGGAUCUUCAGCCCGCUCUUCUGUGAAAAGGGAAGCUCGGCUGGACAAAGUACUGUCAGACAUGAAGCGCCACCGCAAAAUUGAGGAGCACAUCAUGCGCACGGGUCGAGAUCUCUUUAAGAGCGAAAAGAAGCUGGAGGAGGCUCUGUCUCCAAACAGCCAAAAGGAGCGGGAGAAGGAGAGGGAACGAGACAGCAACCCCAACACCAUCUUUUCCCCGAGACAGAGGAGAUACUAAGUAUUAAGAGAUGAAGACUUGACCACAGGCAAAUAAGGCCAAGAGCUUUCUGAGGAUUUCUCAAAACUUGAAUUUUUUAAUGUUACCGAGUUUUGUAUGUUUUCUAUGUGUGUUUUGUAUGUUGGCAAUAAACAUAACCAUGGGAAAUGUUAA